CAACUCGUUGUCCGGAGCCCACAACUCCUAGACAUGGCCACCUGGAGUGUUCCUUUCCAAAGCAGAGAUUCCGGUCUGUUGCUGGCGGCAGGAAUGAGUCGAAAUACGUUAGAGGAAGUACGUGUCGCUAUCUUUGCGACCCUGGUUACGUCAUCCCUGCAUCACUACUGACCAACUCAGUAAUCCAGUGCCGUGGACCCUACUGGAACAGCACUGUGGACAGCGAAUGUAGAAAAGCAGUUCCACCAACCCCUUUAAACUGUGUUAACCAGACCCUGGUGACUGAUGAUGGAGUGGCACCUGUAGAGAAACCCAGGUUCGUAGCAGGAGACGGGAGAGAUCUGGAUGUAAAGUGUACACUGGAGGGUGAACUGGAACCUGGAGAGUACAUCAACACGUGUAAAGCUAUAGAUCCGGAGCUGCGGACCAAUGCAGAGUGCUUUUAUAAACUGAACAUAAAAUCUAAAGAUUGCAGUUCCCCACCUGAACCAGUGAAUGGAUAUGUUCAGUGUGAAUCAGAAACUGGAAGGUACUUCAGAAGCACUGUUUGUAUCUAUAAGUGUAAUCAUGGUUACGUCAUUCCUGUGAGCCAAUCAAAUAUUACCUCCAUACAUUGUCGUCACAACUCUAGAUGGAAUUCAACCAAAGUGCCGGACUGCCAGAAAGCCGUUCCGCCCAAGCCUCUAGACUGUAUAGAUCAAACCCUGGUGGCCGGAGCUGGUGGUAUUCAAGUGAAGAAACCCAGGUUUGUAACGGGAGAAGGGAAAGAUGCAGAUGUAAAGUGUUCACUGGAGAAACCACUGAAACCAGGGGAGUACAUUAACGUAUGUGCUGCAGUGGAUCCAGAGCUACAGACGUCUGCCAGUUGUUUCCAAAAAGUGACUGUAAAGGCCGCAGGAUGCCUCUCCCCGCCUGAAGUACAAAAUGGAUACAUAAAAUGUCAACCUCAACCCAACAGCUAUAUGCCAGGGACAGUCUGCAUGUACCAUUGUAGUGGUGGCUACGUCAUUCCAGUCAGCCAAUCAGGUAUCACCUCAAGAGAAUGUCUUCACGACUCCAGCUGGAAUAUAACCAAAGUCCCGGACUGUUUAAAAGCUGUUCCGCCCAAGACUCUCGAUUGUAUUGAUCAAAUCCUAGUGGCAGGAACUGGUGGUGUUCAAGUGAAGAAACCCAAAUUUAUAACAGAUAAAGGGGAAGAGAUUGAUCCAAAAUGUUCACUGGGUAGGUUAUUGAAACCAGGGAAGUACACUAACGUUUGUGUUGCUGUGGAUCCAGAACUACGAACAUCUGGCAGAUGUUUUCAAAGAGUUGUUGUAAAAGCCUCAGAAUGUAGCACUCCUCCUAAAACAGAAAGAGGAUAUAUGGAAUGUCGACCGCAGCAUGGCAAAUAUCUUCCAGAAACAGUCUGCAAAUAUCACUGUCAUCGUGGCUACGUCAUACCAGUCAGCCAAUCUGAUAUCUCCUCGAGAAAAUGUCUUCACGACUCUAGAUGGAACACAACUAAAGUUCCAGAUUGUCAAAAAGCCGUUCCGCCCAGGCCUCUCGACUGUAUAGAUCAAACCCUGGUGGCCGAAACUGGAGGUAUUCAAGUGAAGAAACCCAGUUUUUUAACAGAAGACGGGAAAGAUGCAGAUGUAAAGUGUACACUGGAGAAACCACUGAAACCAGGGGAGUACAUUAACGUAUGUGCUGCAGUGGACCCAGAGCUACAGACGUCUGCCAGUUGUUUCCAGAAAGUGACUGUGAAGGCCGCAGAGUGUCGCUCCCCGCCAAAUAUACAAAAUGGAUACACAGAGUGUCACCCUCAAAGAAACAGUUAUACUUCAGGAACAGUCUGCAAGUACCGCUGUCGUGACGCAUACGUCAUUCCAGUCAACCAAUCAGCUAUCACCUCAAGAUACUGUCGUCACGACUAUAAAUGGAAUAUAACCGAAGUACCAGACUGUCGAAAGGCUGUUGUGCCUAAACCUGUGGAUUGCAACAACAAAACCGUGGUGGCCGAAGGUGGGAUGGCACGUGUAAAGAAACCCAAGUUUGUAGCAGGAGACGGAAGAGAUCUGGAUGUGGAGUGUACACUGGAAGAUGAACUGGAACCUGGAGAGUACAUUAACACGUGUACAGCUGCUGAUCCGGAGCUGCAGACAAUUUCCAAGUGUUCUUACACUCUGAAAAUAAAAUACCAAGAAUGUAGCCCCCCAUCUUUACCGUCAAAUGGAACUAUCGAAUGUUGGCCAAAACCAGAGAGUUAUCCUGCGGGGACAGUUUGUAUGUACUUGUGCUAUGAAGGCUACGUCAUUCCAACCAGCCAAUCAAAUGUCACUUCGAUAUACUGUCGCCAUGACUUCAAGUGGAACACAACAAAAGUUCCAAAUUGUUGGAAAACAACAACACCUAAGCAUUUGGGUUGCACCAACCAAGUCCUGACGGCAGAAGGUGGAAUAGCUCGUGUAACGAAACCCAGAUUUGUAACAGUAGACGGGAGAGAUCUGGAUGUGGAGUGUACACUGGAGGGUGAACUGGAGCCUGGAGAGUACAUCAACACGUGUAAAGCCACUGACCCUGAGCUGCAACUGUCAAGUCUCUGCGUGUAUGAGCGUCAGAAUGUGACUCUCUGCCCGAGAUUCUAAACGGAUACGUGGAGUGUAGCAAUACACAAAAUAUUCAUAAGCCUAUGUCUCUCUGCGUUUACCACUGUAAGGAAGGAUAUGUCAUUCCAACCAGUCAGUCAAGUCUUAUUUACAGACAAUGCCUUUUUCAUCUCA